AUGGGGCUCCUUCGCUUGUGUAGCCUUCUGCUGGUGGCUUUACAACUGUAUGACUUAGUCUUUUCAACUCCUAGCGUAGUUGCUGCGGCGGCAGCCACCUUUGAUUACCGCGACGCGCUCGAAAAGAGCUUGCUGUUUUUUGAAGGUCAGAGAUCUGGUACACUCCCAUGGAAUCAACGAGUUAAGUGGCGCGCAGAUUCUGGCCUCAAAGAUGGCUUUUCAGAACAGGCGGACUUAGUGGGAGGAUACUAUGAUGCAGGAGACAACGUGAAGUUUGGGCUUCCAAUGGCAUUCAGUGUGACGUUGAUCUCAUGGGCAGCUGUUGAUUUCAAGGCAGAUCUUGCAGCUGCUAACCAGAUGGAACAUACCCUUCAAGCCAUUCAAUGGGGAACUGAUUACUUUCUUAAGGCACAUUGUCAACAUAAUGCUCUUUGGGUUCAGGUCGGAGAUGGGGAAGCUGAUCAUAGCUGCUGGGAGCGUGCUGAAGACAUGACGACACCACGAACAGCUUAUAAGGUUGAUUCCGGGCAUCCUGGGUCUGAUGUUGCAGGCGAAACUGCUGCUGCUUUGGCUGCUGCUUCUUUAGCCUUUCAACCAUUCAACUCUUCCUACUCUACGCUUCUCUUGCGACAUGCCAAAGAGCUUUUCUCACUUGCGGACACAUUUCGAGGCCAGUAUGAUGAUUCCAUACCAGAAGCAGAAUCGUUCUAUCCUUCCACAGGAUAUUCGGAUGAACUGUUGUGGGCAGCUGCUUGGUUGUACAGAGCCACGAAUAACAACUACUACUUACAGUAUGCUUCUUACAAUGCGGCUGAUUUAGGUGGAACUGGAAAUGCAGUUAAGAUGUUCUCUUGGGAUAACAAAUAUGCUGGUUUACAGGUCCUUUUAGCAAAGGUUUUGUUGGAUGGAGAUGGACAAUCAUACACUAAAAUUCUGAAGCAAUACAAAGCCAAAGCAGAUUUCUUCGCUUGUGCUUAUUUGCAGAAAAACAAUGACUACAAUGUUCCCAUGACUCCAGGAGGGUUGGCGUUUCUUUUGGCAUCAAACAAUCUACAAUAUGCAGCCUCAGCUUCAUUCCUUUUAGCCAUCUAUUCUACUUAUCUGACAAGUUCAAGUUCCAUAGUUGAAUGUCCAGAUGGAGAUGUACAACCUCAAGAUCUCCUCAACUUUGCAAAGUCACAGGCUGAUUAUAUACUUGGCAAAAAUCCAGAAUCAAUGAGCUAUUUAGUAGGGUAUGGAACCAAGUAUCCUACAAAAGUUCACCAUAGAGGUUCUUCAAUGCCCUCUAUACAUGAAGUUAGCAGCAAGAUAGAAUGUGUGCAAGGGUUUGAGGAAUGGUAUAAGAAUUCGGGUCCGAACCCGAAUGUUCUGUAUGGAGCUUUGAUUGGAGGUCCUGAUAGUAGUGACUGCUUUGCUGAUGAUAGAGACAACCAUGCCCAAAGUGAGCCUACUCUUACUGCUGCAUCCCCUCUUAUAGGCCUUUUCUCCAAGCUUUACAGUGUAUCCUCCUCAACUUACUCUUCAUCAGGUAAUUAUGAUUCCCCAAUAACACCUUCACAAAAUUCUCCCACAAAAUCACCACCUUUACCUAAGAAACCAUCAACAGAGGAAGAUCCUCUAACUCCUCCAACACAACCAACAGAAACUCCUGAUCUUGAGAGCACACUAGCACAACAUGUUUCAGCACCUGCACCUGCUCCAGGUCCUGACUACAUGGAUGCACCUGCACCCAGCCCAGAAGUAGCAGAUUAUGUCUUGAUUACUCAGCCAAUAAACUCUGCAGCACCAGCGCGAUCAGACCUGAUCCAGCACUUAGUAUUGAAAACAAGCCUUUUCUUAAUACCUCUGCUUGCUAUCAUAUAAUUACUGUAUAAUUAGAUUUGUUUGUGCUAAAUAUGUCUAAUUAAUUGUUGUCUUGUAAUUUUGCCAUCACCUUUGAUUGCUAGUAUUAUUUAAUUAUUCAUUGUUAGAGACAUCAAUCCUGAAUGUAGUUGAUUGAUGAACUCUAAAAAUCACAGUGGCAGCCAUAAAACUAUGGUUUGUCAUUCUCUGUAAUGGCCACUAACCGUGCUAAUUAUA